AAGUAAGCUAUGAACUCCAUGAAUGUAGUUGGACUAGUUUUUUGAGAAGGAAAGGAAAGAGAGGGUGAGCUACCGAGAUCGGUACUGGCAGCUUCCAGUUCUCUUUCUCUCUCUUUCACCCCCCUCCCCAAUCUCCCCACUCUUCUUUCUCUCUCUUUUGAACAUGGUUGGGGAUCAUUGUAACCACAGCAGUGAAAGACCUGUACUUUCUCAAUCUCCCAAAACUGGAUUAAACUGCAAAAUGGUUCUACAAGCAGUAGGAAAAGUAUUAAGGAAAUCCAAGGGAAAACCAAAUGGUAAAAAGCCUGCAACAGAAGAAAAGAAACUGUAUCUUGAACCGGAAUAUACAAAGUCCAGGAUUACUGACUUUGAAUUCAAAGAGUUAGUUAUAUUACCACGUGAAAUAGAUCUUAAUGAGUGGCUAGCUAGCAACACAACAACAUUUUUUCACCAUAUCAAUUUACAGUAUAGUACCAUCUCUGAAUUCUGUACAGGGGAGUCGUGUCAAACCAUGGCGGUGUGCAAUACACAAUACUACUGGUAUGAUGAGCGAGGAAAGAAGAUCAAGUGUACAGCCCCUCAAUAUGUUGACUUUGUCAUGAGUUCAGUGCAGAAGUUAGUGACAGAUGAGGAUGUCUUUCCUACGAAAUAUGGCAAAGAAUUCCCAAACUCAUUUGAGUCCCUAGUGAAGAAGAUUUGCAAAUAUCUGUUCCAUGUGCUAGCCCACAUCUAUUCGUCACACUUCAAGGAAACAUUGGCACUGGAAUUGCAUGGACAUUUGAACACACUCUACGUACACUUCAUCCUUUUCAUCCGGGAGUUCAAUCUGGUGGACCCUAAAGAAACAACCAUCAUGGAUGACCUCACAGAGAUCCUCUGCAGCAGCAGCGGGAGCAGUAGCAGUAGCAGUAAUGGAAGUGGCAAUGGCAGUGGUGGCGGCAGCGGCAGCAGCAGCAGUGCAGGAGCACAGAACCACGUGAAGGAGAGAUGAGUCUUCCCAACCAGAACAAAACUAACGCUAACACUUUUUAAAAAGGAAAAUACUCUCUAUUCUCAGAUGUAUGCGUAUGUAUAUGUGCUUAUGUGUAUAUAUAUAUACAGACAUACACAGCCAUGACAGCUUAAACAAUUAUGCUGCCACCACAGGACAUGUAGACACACAUGGGACUGUAUGGAGCUUUGGUUAAAUGCAUCAUCCUUGGCAAGACGUUGCACCAGUUCUGUGGGGGGUUUUUUCCCUUCCCUCUUCUUCUCUCCUGUUUCCUCUUCUUCCUUAUCAGAUGGAUUAUGAGUGCCGUUUUUAAGAGAUGAACCACAUUUUUUGAGCUGGGCUACUGCUUUUGUGUUUCUUUUUUCAUUUUGCCCACUUCUCUUCCCCUUGGGAAGUAGUCCUUGUCCUUGAAUGCAAGCUCCUUUCUAUCUGUCUCUCUUCCUCUCUUAAGAUGGUGGUACUGCCAUUUAAAAAAAAAAAAUGUUGUAAAACGUGAUUUAACAUGUAAAGUGGCUUAAGUGGGGGGAACAUUGAGAUUUGCCUUUGUUUUUACUUCAGCUGACCCUUUUCCUUUCGUUCCCUCAGAUCUUUUGCAUCUAACCCUUCACUGGGUUGUAAUGGGGAGAAAAAGUGUUUUGGCCCAACUAAAGUAGCAAUAAGGCUUCCAGUGCACUUAAGGGAGGUGUCUCCCUGGCCUCAGUGUGUGGAUCUUGAAAGCACCCACAAUAGUUCUGGAAUUUUUAGAAACAAAUGCCAGAAGGUAAAAUAGCCAGGGGAGGACCCCGUGGUAAAAGCCAUGACUGCUUAUUUUUCGCCAAAGGGAGCCUGAGACAGGAUAGAAAGGGGGCACACAGUCUGCCACCACUGUGCUAGAGAGAUGGCUGUUGGCAUAUAAUUAUGUUGUUGGCUUAUUUUAGUUCAUCUGUCCAAUAAUAAUAAUAAUAAUAAAAGUUCUAUCAGACAUAAGUUGCAUUCUCUUUGCUGCAUUAUCAGGUAUUAUUUGUAUUUCUUUUCAUGUGGAAGUGUACAGUUAAAUGUUCUUUGGGAAGCUGUUUGUGGGUUGGUUGGUUUGUCAUUUCCUGCUUGCAGUUUAUUUUCUUAAGGCAUGAUAUUAAGGAU